CAUAGCAUAGCCAUGUCCACAAUGUCAGAGACAAAGGAACUUUUCAGACAAGCAGAUGCUGUAUGUUUUGAUGUGGACAGCACAGUUAUCAAAGAAGAAGGCAUUGAUGAACUAGCUAAGUUCUGUGGUGUGGGGGAUGCGGUAACUGAAAUGACACGUAGAGCCAUGGGUGGCUCAAUGACUUUCAAAUCAGCUUUGACUGAGCGUCUCGCCAUCAUCAAAUGUUCCAGAGAACAAGUCAAUAAACUGAUCACAGACCACCCUCCACAGCUCACCCCAGGUAUUAGGGACCUUGUGGACCGUUUACAUCAGCGCAACAUCAAGGUGUUCCUCAUCUCAGGUGGCUUUCGCUGUAUUGUUGAACAUGUGGCCACUCAGCUAAAUAUUCCUUUAGAAAAUGUCUACGCCAACAGGCUCAAGUUCUACUUUAAUGGCGAGUAUGCAGGAUUUGAUGAGAGCCAAGCAACAGCAGAGAGCGGUGGCAAAGGAAAAGUCAUCAGCAUGCUGAAGGAAAAGUACGGCUUCAAGACAGUUGUAAUGAUUGGAGAUGGAGCCACUGAUCUGGAGGCCUGUCCUCCAGCUAGCGCCUUCAUCGGAUUUGGUGGCAAUGUCGUGAGGCCUCAGGUUAAAGAGUUGAGUACGUGGUAUGUUACAAGUUUUGGAGAGUUGCUGAAAGAAAUGGAAAAGAUUUGA